AUGAUGAAUGAUAAUGUAGCAGGAAUAUCAUAUCCAUAUCCUUAUAGAGGUUCGAGGGAAGAAAGAUUUGAUGUAAAACCCUAUUACGGGAAAGCCUAUUCUGAAAUUAUUGUACCUAAAGUGGCAGCAACAACAGCAGUGGGAGUCUCUAAAUUGGGCUUAGUCGCUACUGUUGCAACUUUCGCCUUUGGCUUGGUGAAGAAAGUUGCAUCAUUCUUGAUUUUUAAGAGUCCAGCUUUAUUAGUCGGUGUUCUUGUAACUUUUGGCAUAUGCAAGUUAACACCACUCUGCUCCAAGUUAUCCGGCGUGAACUCUCUAAUUGAAGUGCAGAGAGAAAUCAGGUCCCUCGCUACACCUGAAAGAUUGGCGAUUGCUUCAGAUUUUGUGGAGAACGCUAUAAGAAAAUACAGAUCCCUACAAGAUUCAUACUAA